UGUCUAUCUUACUGUGGAUUUUAUGGUAGGAGUCCACUGUCAACAAGUUGACGGGGUGCUUAUGGUUUCCAUUGGUUCAAAAGCAUUGCCAGCAAGAAGACAUAGGACUUGUGGCUUUGUGGAGGACAGCUUAAUGGUCAGGGAGGAUGCAUUAUAUAGACAGGGAAAAGGGAAGAAGGGUAUGUCUAGAAAGGAUCGUGGAGAAAGACAUGAGUUUGAUGGGGACAAUUCCAAAAAAACUAUAUCUGGACGAACCAAUGAUCGAUCCGUGGGAGGCAGAAAAUUCUCAAAACAUCAAAGUACCUCUGCAUCACAAACAGCACACGUCAGGAAACAGGUUGACCCUGAAAUGGCAAAGUACUUCUCUGAAGUGUCAAAUCUUUUUGAAAGUGAUGGGGUUGACAUUGAGGAACGGUCAGUUAUAUGCGGUAAUGCUCUUGAGGAAACCAGGGGAAAAGAAUUGGAACUUGCAACAGAUUAUAUUCUAAGCCACACUAUGCAAACCCUUCUCGAGGGCUGUGAUGUGGACCACCUCUGUGGUUUCCUUCAAAGUUGUGCCGAGGACUUCCCUUCUAUUGCAAUGGAUAGAUCUGGGUCUCACGUAGCUGAGACAGCUAUCAAGUCUUUAGCUAAGCUUCUUGAAGACAAUGAUGUCUACUCAGUUGUUGAAGAGACUUUAACUAUUUUAUGCCAGGUUGUUGUCACCAAUCCGAUUGAUUUGAUGUGUAGCUGCUAUGGAUCUCAUGUUCUUCGUAGUCUUCUUUGCGUUUGUAAAGGAGUUAAAAUAGAUUCAGACUUUCAUGUCACAAAGUCAUCGACAGUUCUGGCAGAGCGAUUGAAUUUGAGAGCAUCUCGGAUUGACAGAGAUUAUUCACAUCUUCAGCAGGGAUUCCCUGAUUUACUGAAAUUUCUUGUGUCUGGAAUGAUAAAGCGUACUAGAAAAGAGAUUAAGACUCUGCAAGUUGAUCAGUUCGGCAGUUUGGUUUUGCAGACAGCUCUGAAGUUAUUGGCGGGAAAUGAUGAAGAAUUGUUGCAUGCAAUUCCUAUCCUUCUUGGCUGCAACAAGGAAGAUAUCCUGGAAGGAAAUUACAUAGAAAUGGAUAUUGUGCGAGAUGUUGUAAAUUUGAUGAAAGAAACUGCGUUUAGCCAUUUGAUGGAGGUCAUUCUGGAAGUGGCUCCUGAAGUAUUGUACAAUGAGAUGUUUACAAAAGUUUUUAAGAAUUCCUUGUUUGAACUUUCAUCUCAUCAUUGUGGGAACUUUGUUAUUCAAGCCUUAAUUUCUCAUGCAAGAUGUCAAGAUCAAAUGGAGUUGAUCUGGGAAGAACUAGGUCCAAAAUUUGCAGUUCUUCUUGAAAUGGGAAGAUCAGGAGUUAUUGCUUCACUUAUUGCAUCAAGUCAAAGGCUUCAUUCUCACGAACAUAAGUGUUGUCAGGCCCUCACUGCUGCAAUAUGUUCAGCAAAUGAGUCCCCCAGAUUCAUUGUUCCUAGAAUACUGUUCCUUGAUAAUUUUUUCUUCUGUGAAGAUAAAUCUAACUGGAACUGGCCCAGCGGUGUCAGGAUGCAUGUCAUGGGUUCUCUGAUUCUGCAGGCGGUAUUCCGAUAUCAAAGUGAAUACAUACAGCCUUAUGUUACGAGUAUCACAUCCAUGGAAACUGAUCAUGUACUUGAAGCAGUGAAAGACAGAGGGGGAGCACGUGUUAUUGAAGCUUUUCUAACUUCAAAUGCUUCGGGAAAACUAAAGCGCAGAUUAGUUAUGAAGCUUCGGGGACACUUUGGAGAGCUCUCAAUGCACUCAUCAGGUUCAUUUACUGUAGAGAAGUGCUUCACUGUUGGUAACUUGUCUCUAAGAGAGGCCAUAGUAACCGAGUUGGUAGCUGUGCAAAGUGAACUUUCCAAGACAAAGCAAGGCCCUUAUCUAAUAAGAAAUCUCGAUGUUGACAGAUUUGCCACCCAACCUGAUCAGUGGAGGUCAAAACUAGCAUCAAAACAAUCAGCUUAUGAUGAGUUUUAUGCUACGUUUGGCUCCGGUGAAGCCAAGCCACGUAAGAAUGAGGGUUUUCUUGCCGACAUCUCCAAGCAUUCAUCACACCCAAAAGACCUGAAGGAAAUGAGGAAAGAGAUCGACAAUCAAUUUUCUUCUGGUGUACCAUUUUUGAGCACGUCCGGUUUUAAGAGCAAGCCAAAGAAAGCCGAUCAGCACAGUAGAAAACAUCCAGAAACCUCAGUGGACUAUAAUAUAACCCAGGUGAAAAAUAAGAACUUGAAGAAGAGAAAAAGUCACGUUGGGUCUGAUAAUGUUGCAGCAGUGGGUAAAAUGACAGAAAAUGUAGGCCAGAGCAAGGAACUGGACCAAUCUGUGAGCAAGACGGGGAAGAAAAGGGAAAGAAAAGAUGCCCAGUUGAACACUUCCAAAAAGAAGUUGAAAGCAUGAAAGAUGUGGUUGAAAGAAAAGAUGCCCAGUUCAGGAUUGUAAAUUUUGACCUAAGCUGCCUAAUCAACAACUCAAGGAUAAUGUACGUUUGGCCUUUGAUUUUGUAAAAGUUUCCAUUUGCUUCAUAGAAGUAGGAGAGGAAAUUACUUUUAGUUCUAGUUGUUGUACUUUCAUUUGAAAGAAGCUUCUGUUGAGCUUUUUGGUCUUUGACCGCAAGUUUUGUGCCUUCGCAAAUACGGCAGUUCUUGUACUUCGAAAUCCAAGUACUACAGAUUUUCAGCC